AUGCUCACGUUUAUCCCCAGGAAUUCAAUUGCUUGUUCGACCCGACGACCAACAGUGCCAUGUGCUGGGAAACGUGUAGUUCCCUGCAGGAGACUGCUGUCUGUUGCUACAGGCAUACCCCCGCCCUUGGCUGAUGUUAGGGUACUUGAUCUCACACGUGUGUUGGCUGGGCCAACGUGCACAAUGCUGCUCGCAGACUUGGGUGCCGACGUCAUCAAGGUAGAGGAAUUAUCCAAAGGAGACGAUACCCGUUCCUGGACCCCACCCUCUGCCCCUUUACCCAGGGAUCCUCCACCGGAAACAUCCCAUCUCCCACCAGAAACUGCCUAUUUUUUGUCUGCAAAUAGGAACAAGAGGUCCAUAACCGUGAAUUUUAAGCAUCGAGACGGACUCGAGAUUUUGCAUAAGCUCGUAAAGCGUUCUGAUGUGUUGGUCGAAAACUUUGUACCUGGGAAGUUAUCUUCCAUGGGUUUGGGUUGGGAAGAUUGUAAGAGAAUCAACCCCCGCCUCGUGUACGCUUCAAUCACGGGAUACGGACAAACCGGGCCUUAUCGACAAGCUCCAGGUUACGACGUUGUAAUCGAGGCGGAAGCCGGAUUGAUGCACAUUACUGGCGAAUCUGGUGGCCCACCAUGCAAGGUUGGUGUUGCCGUCACGGACAUCAUGACAGGACUCUACGCCCAUGGCGCAAUCAUGGCAGGUUUGCGCUCUGUGAAUCAGACCGAUCAAGGGGUUUGGAUUGAUUGCAACCUCUUCGAAACCCAGUUGGCAGGACUCGCCAACAUUGCUUCCAAUUACCUCAUCGCCGGAAAUGAAGCAUCUCGGCACGGCACGGCGCAUCCCUCAAUAGUCCCUUAUCAAGUUUUUCCGUGCAAGGAUGGCUUCUUGAUGAUUGGUGCUGGGAAUGAGAAGCAGUUUAAGCUUCUUACUACGAAUAUAUUGCAACAGCCCGAACUUGCGGACGACCCACGCUUUUCGACGAAUGCUGCGCGCGUAGCGAAUCGUGGAGUGCUGAUCGACAUUAUUUCCGCGGCACUGAAGAAACAUGACAGAAGCCACUGGAUAGACCGAUUCACUGGUAUCGGAAUUCCUUUCGGGCCGAUCAACAACAUCAGUCAGACAUUUUCCCAUCCCCAAGCCAUUGCUCGGUCAUCGACGGUGGAGGUCGAACAUCCACGUGGGGGCAAGGUGCGCAUGGUUGCUCCACCUGUGACUUACAACGGCAAGCGCAUGCCGGUGCGACGGCCGCCUCCCUGGUUGUCCCAGCAUACGGCGGAGGUACUGCAGGAGCUAGGGUAUUCCAUAGAGGACAUCGGACGCCUGCGAAGCGCACGGGUUGUAUAA